AGCCCGAAACUGCAAAAGCGAUUUAAGCAUCGAGCAGAAAAAAGCUAUUAUGCGAAGAGAAGGGAGAUGUUUCCGAUGUGCCAACAAAAAUCACAACUCUAAGUUGUGCAAAGCGCAAUGGAUACGUUGCGAAACAUGUAGCGGCCGCCACAUAACAUCAAUGUGUGAGCGGCGAUCAAGAGACAACACGAGCGGCGACAAUCAAGGGCGAAGCGACAGAAUGCAGCAAAGAGAACGCCAUGAAGAGGCGUCAACGUCAGCGAAUGUAAUAGGCGCAGCGGCGCUCAAUACCAUUGAAUUCAGCGAAGGAGAAAUAUUUCUUCAAACAGCAAAAGCUGUCGUAAGCGAAAUUAACAACAGCAACAGCGUAAUGUCGCGAUUAAUAAUGGACAACGGUAGCCAGCGAACAUACAUUAGCGAAAAAUUAACCAACGUUCUCAACCUACCUACAUGCGGAUUUGAGAAAAUGAAAAUUAUGGCAUUCGGUGACAAAAAGCAAAAUAAAAAAGCGACUAAUUUUAAAAUUGUUGAGCUUUCACUGCAAAGCCAGUAUAACGAAAAAGCGAUACAAAUUAAAGCGAUUGUAGUGCCGAACAUAUGCGUAGAUAUUUUACCCGUGCCAAAUAUUAAAAACAAAAAAUUUAAGCACAUAGCAGUAGGACUAGCGGACAAUAAAAUUAGCAAUGUAGAAUUAAUAGAGGGUAUUAACAUUCUAAUCGGACAAGACAGUUAUUGGAAAUUUAAUACGGGCGAAACACAAAUGAUUUCCGACCACCUAGUGGCUGUGAAAACAUUCUUCGGGUGGACAGUACAAGGCCAUCAUGAGGAGCACAACGGCCAGAAGUUUACAAUAACAAAUUAUGCAGAAGUUUGUGAGGAAACGUUUGACAUAACGAAAUUUUGGAACCUAGAGUCUGUUGGCAUUAGUAGCAGCUUAGCGUGCGAAGACAAUUUAAUAAAAAGAACAAUAUCCGAAAUAAAGAAAUUAAAUGACCGUUAUGUCGUAAACUUACCGUGGAAAAACUCUAGCGGAACAUUGCACAACAAUAAAGACAUAGCACUUGGUAGAUUGCGUAGUUUAACAAAUAAAUUACUACAAAAUAAUGAAAAGCUAGUCGAGUACGAUCUGCGUAUGAGAGAACUAUUACAAAGCGGUGUGGCAGAAAAAGUCAGUGAGGUAUCAAGUGGCAUGCGGGUUUAUUAUAUGCCUCAUAAGCCAGUGUAUCGGGAGGAUAAAACUACGACAAAGACGCGAAUAGUUUUCGACGCCUCUUCGAGCGAGCCGGGACUUAUGUCUUUGAAUGACCAUUUAAGCGCAGGCGACAAUCUUAUAGCUGAUCUUACAAAAACUUUGCUGAGAUUUCGGUCGAAUGCUAUAGCGGUGAUAGCAGAUAUAGAAAAGGCUUUCCUACAAAUCUCAAUAGCCGAGGAAGAUCGUGACUCACAUCGGUUUUUGUGGUAUGAAACGAUGCCGAAAGAAAACGAGCGAUUGCCAAAAAUAGUCGAAUAUCGAAUGGCGCGGGUGACAUUUGGCACAACUUCGAGCCCUUUCUUGCUAUCAGCGACAAUACAAAAACACCUUACUAUAUCUGCGCAGCAAUAUGGUCCCAUAUGCGACAAGCUGAAGAAAUCGUUUUAUGUUGACGAUUUAGUAAUAAGCGUGUCCAGUCACGAAGAAGCUAAAACAACCUUCGUUCAAGCAAAUGAAAUAAUGGCAGCGGCGAAAUUCAAUUUGAGGAAAUGGAAUUCGAAUGACGUUCGGCUACGAAAGUUCUUCAAAACCGAGGAAACAGAAGAAGCGAAAAGCCAAAAAGUUUUAGGCAUCAAUUGGUAUACAGGGAGCGAUGAAAUCAGCGUUAAUGUGGCGAGUAGCAAUGCGUUUCUUCAAGCCUUAAGACCAACAAAGCGAAAUGUCAUGAAGGCUAUGGCAAGAAUUUAUGACCCAUUGGGAAUGCUAGGGCCCUUUACGGUACGAAUAAAAAUAGUUCUACAGAACAUAUGGAGAGAAAAUAUCGAGUGGGACCAUACGCUAAGCGGAGACAUAUUGAGUGAAUUCCAAUGCUGGCAAGAAGAGCUGAAUUUCCUUGCUGAAUUUAAAAUGCAACGAAGUCUCUCACAGAGCGAUGGAGUUAGAAACGAGCUUCACAUAUUCGCUGAUGCUAGCCCGAAAGUCUACGGUGCUGUAGCGUACAUACGACAAAUUGCAGCGAGAGGAACUAUAACAACAAAUUUUGUAUGUUCAAAAAAUAGAGUGAGUCCCAUAGAAAAGUCCAAGCGUAGCGCCGAGCUUACAUUACCUAAGCUGGAGCUAACUGCAGCCUUAACAGCAGCAAGACUAAAGCAAUUUCUAGUUGAUGCACUCGACUUCGAAGUGCACUCAACGACCUUGUGGACUGACUCAGCUAUUGCACUCAAUUGGAUCAAUGGACAAGGCAAGCAGAUAAAGCCCUAUGUAAAAGCGCGCGUGAACGAGAUAAUUAAGAUUACAAAUAUAUACGAUUGGAGACAUUGCCAAGGAAAAACAAAUCCAGCUGAUCUUUUAACACGAGGAGUGAAAGCUAAGGUGCUAGUCGAUUCAACCGUAUGGAAACACGGACCCAUCUGGCUGGGAGAGAUUGAGUCGAAAUGGCCAGAGGAGUUCUUCGUCGACAAGACAACUAGCCUGCUGUUAAAUGCUAGCGGAAAACUAAGCGCUCAGGAGCUGAAACCACUGCUAGUUGUAGAGAGCUUUAGCAAACUCAAGCGGCUCUUAAGAGUAACAGCGUACAUAUUACGAUUCAUACGAAACUUAAAAACAAACGCGACGAUUAGAAAUCGGCAAAAUACUACAAGUGGCGAAAUCAGCGAGUUGUCAGCGAGCGAACUAAAUGAAGCAGAAUCUUAUUGGAUUAAAUAUACCCAGCAGAGCGAGUAUAGGGAAGAAAUUAUGGCGUUGGAGCAACAGCGUUCGAUACCAUCGUAUUCAAAAAUCGGGUCAUUGAACCCUGUUCUCGUUGAUGGCAUCUUGAGGCUCAACAGCAGACUUCCGUCAAGCGAUUAUGGUAAUUUUAGUCCAAUAAUUUUACCCAAAAAUUCUCAUUACAGCCAACUAGUUGUACGCGAGGCGCAUCAAACCGUACUUCAUGGGGGCAUCAAUUCAGUGCUAUGCCAAAUACGAAAGAAAUUUUGGAUCGUGAAAGCGCGGCAGCUAAUCAAAACGACUCUGCGGCAUUGCGUAAUAUGCAAGAGACUGCAUGGUAAGAGUGCUAACGAACCCUGGACUACAUUACCAGCCGAGAGAGUAUCAACGAGCCGGCCAUUUGAAACAACUGGCGUUGACUUCGCGGGUCCACUUUACGCAAAGACACACAACAACGGCGAAGAGCGGAAAGUAUACGUCAUGCUACUGACGUGUGCCGCGAUUCGAGCGGUUCAUCUCGAACUAGUGGCAGAUCUAUCAACGAAGAGCUGCAUUGAUGCACUGCGACGAUUUAUGGCGAGACGAGGCGUUCCAGCGGUUAUGAUGUCGGACAAUGCUAAAACUUUUAAGCGAGCAGGUCUUGAGCUCCAAAAAUUGAACGACCUGAUGGAAACCAGCGAAGUCCAGGAAAUGGCGGCACACCAGAAUAUCUCAUGGAGAUU